AUGGAUGUAACAUUUGUGAGACUCAGAAGUGGGAGUCUUAGGAAUAGAGGGGCAAAUUUUAGCUCGUUUUAUAUCCCACCAAAAGUUGUACCAAAUCCUUAUGUUAAGAGGCUAGCCAUAGUGUAUGAGAAUUUAGGUAAUUGGUCAUCUUUGUACUACAAAGUGCCUAAUUACUCAUUGGUUGCUCCGGUUGUUGGUUUCACGGUUUAUGAUUCUCCAAGUGUGUUAGGCACAGAGAAGCUCAAUUUAAGUGUCAAGGGAAAACCAAUCUCAAUAUGGUUCGAUGAUUACAUAGCGUUACGUUGGAAGAACGACACUCCGAAAUGUGUCAAGUUUUCUGAUGAUGGGAGGUUUGAGAUCAACAACAUGACUUCAAAUAAUGGGUGCAUUGCAAGGGGUCAAGGUCAUUUUUCUAUUGUUGUGCCUUCUUCACCACAUGAUCCUAUGACACUGAAGAAGAAGAAAAAUUAUUGGAAAUGGUGGUUGAUUGGAUUCGGCGGUGGGUUUGUUGGGGUGGUUUUGUUGAUUUUGGCUACGACGGCGAUUUUCAAAAUAGUGAAGAGGAAGAGAUUGAGGGCAAUGGAGAAGCGAUCUGAACAAGGUGUGGCUUUUGAUACGUUUUGGGUUGGUGCAAGUAAAAUGCCUUCAGUUUCAAUGGUUAGAACCCAACCUACAAUUGAAAAUGAUUAUGUUCCUUGA